AAUAAACAUUUCACAACAGUCCUCAUAGGAAUAUGUGAUGGAGUUAUUGACCAGAAGAAAACCACAUCUUUCUGCACGAACAAAACUGGAGAUCGACCGGACCUGCUCCCCGUGAUCUCCCUCCAGCACCCCACGUGUGCUCUGUGUCGGAGAGGCCUGUCCCAGGUGGUGCAGAUCUACUGCCCUCUCGCAGCGUCUCAGUACCACAGAACCAUCCACGUGUUCGCCUGCACCAGUCCACAGUGCAGCAGCAAAUCAGAGAGCUGGACUGUCCUGCGCUCUCAGUGCUUGGAGGAUGACAUCAAAUCAAGACAAAACAACAAAACCACAGCAUGUGCAGACUCUGCGAUGUCCAGAACAGACUGGUGUGAUGAAGCUGAUGACUGGGGAAUGGACGAUGCACAGCAAGUGGAAGAAAGCGCCAUACAAAUGCCAGAUGACAGUACAGGCGAAGGAAAUGAUGUCAGCAGCAGGCUUCAAGACCUCUGCAUCGAUGGAGAUCAUCAGAGUGGCCUCCAGCCCACCGAUGUGCCCGUUUUCCAGGCCUUCUACAUAAGUGUUAUGGAGGAAACAGACCUGGAUGGGUUUCGUGACACGGAUCAUGAGGACGAACUGCUUAGAGAGUAUGAGGAGAGGGAGGGAGUGAAGGUCAGGGAGAUUCAGAGUUGUGAAAGAGGGGAAGCUCGGGAGGAAUACGAGAAGGCCACGGCCAAACACGGAGAUGAAGUGUUCAGCAGUUUCAUGAAGAAAAUCUCUCUUUGUCCCGAACAAGUCUUACGGUACAGUUGGGCUGGAUCCCCUCUGUUAAUAGCAGAGCCUCGUCCCAGUGUUAGUCAGACGGUGCCGGUCUGUGCUCACUGCGGCAGCCCGAGAGUCUUCGAGUUUCAGCUCAUGCCAGCUUUGGUCAGUUUGCUCGGGAGUGCAGACACAGAUUCAGAUGUUUGCCUGGAGUUCGGGACAGUUCUUGUGUUCACUUGCAGAAACAGCUGUUGGAAAUCUGGAUCAACGGCUCCAGUGGAAGAGUUUCUGGUUGUCCAGCCCGACCCUGACCAAAAGCUCUUCAAAUCAUAAAAUUUGUCAAUAAAGAUCAUAAAGAUUUAAUCUAAAGGAGUAUGAAGAUUCAAAUUGGCUGAAAAUGUACUCGCCCUAAUCCAGGAUUUAGAUGAGUUUGUUUCUUCAUCUGAGAAAUAUAGCAUUGCAUCACUUGUUCACCAGUGGAUC